AUGGCACCUUACGAACUGCUUUACGGGAGGAAAUGUAGAACUCCAAUAUGUUGGGGUGAAGUGGGGCAAAGGGAGCUUGCACCAAGUGAUUUAAUAUCAGUAACAAAUGAAAAGAUUGAAUUGAUUAGAGCUCGACUGAAAGCAGCCCAGGAUCGACAAAAAGCUUAUGCAGACAAAAGAAGGCGUCCUAUUGAAUUUCAGGUCGGAGAUUAUGUUCUAUUGGAAGUGUCGCCAUGGAAGGGCAUAAUCUGUUUCCGUAAACGGGGUAAGUUAGGCCCACGAUAUAUUGGACCGUUUAAGAUCUUAGCUCGAGUUGGAAGGGUUGCAUAUCGAUUAGAGUUACCGUCCUCACUAGACGGAAUUCACAAUACCUUCCACGUGUCAAAGUUGAGAAAGUGUCUUGCAGAUGAUACAACAUUAGUACCUCUCGAUGACAUCGAGUUGGACGAGGGGUUGAAUUAUGUCGAAAGACCAAUAGCCAUUAAAGACUACAAGGUAAAGAAUCUCCGCAACAAAGCUGUUAGACAAGUGUUGGUUCAAUGGCAGCACAGAAAGGGUUCAGAUUUUACAUGGGAAGCGGAAGAUGAAAUGAGGAAGCACUAUCCGUUUCUUUUUGCUUGUAAUACCUGA